AUGGCAGACGCCGUCAACAAGGACACCGGCAAGCUGCUUACCUUCACUGUCAAUGAAGACUUGUCGAGUUUCACCGUUUGCUUCCAAGAUCAUGAAGAAGAGGACGCAGUGGAGGCCACCCAAGUUCUUCCAACCAUUACUGUUGCCGAGCCUCUCGCUUCCGCGGUCGCUUCCACAGAAGCUGGCGUCGCCACAGCAGACUUAUCGUCGGAAUAUUCGGAGGAAGACGACAACAAGGAAGAAGAAGAUGAUGAGUUUGAUAUUGGCAUGGAACAGGAAUUGGACUUUCUUACCAACGGCUUGGACACUAGUGUCAACAUUCUGGACACCACUGACUCGAGUUCUGAUUACGAUGAAGUUGGUGGCUUUUCCCAAGAGCAAUUCUUCACUCCCAUCAAGAAGACUGCCAGAAGAAGUCCACCAACAAGACGCCCACUGCUUUGA